AUGAAAUUCUAUUUUGAAUACUGCAUAAAUGAAUACUUAAUGAAUAAUACCUCAAUUCAUUCGGAAAUGAUGGUCGAUAGGGCUGAACUGCAACUAAGAGAAGAUUUAGAAAAUGAAAGGAUUUGGACUCAUGAAAAACUUCUUUUAGCCGAUAACACUUAUAUUGGUCGUUCCUUAUUUGCUGUAAAUCAGCUAAUCAGGCAACAUCAAUUACUCAUAAAAGAAGUAGCCAAUAGGACAAAUAAAAUGGAAAUCACGAUACAAGAUGCAGAUCAUAUUAUAACGAAAUUUCAAUCAACAUUUGAAAUAGUCAUAGAUGAUGAUGAUUGUAAAACAAUUCAACAAUCAAAGAUUAGAUCGUCUGAGAAAACAAUGAUCAUUCAAACAGAGGAUCAUUCUAUUAAACAAAUUGAAUUAUCCACUAAUAUAGGUGUAAAAUAUAAAAUCCCUAAGAAAAUUCUAAUUGAUUUGCACAUAUUAAUGAUAGAAUUACGUUAUGAUUUAAAAAAUCUAAUUGAUCGAAUGUCUAAACGUACUGAACGAUUAAAUAUAGGCUUUCAAUGUUUUACACAUCUUGAUGAAUUUGCAGAAUUACGCAAUUGGUUACAAGAAUGUGAAGAUAUGUUACUUUUGGAAUCAAGAGCUAGUCGUGAUAUAAUUACAGCUAAAACGGAACUUAAAAAACAUGCUCAUAUUGAAUUUCGUGUAAAUACGCUGUUAGCAAAUUGUGUUCGUGAUUUCAGUAAGUUUUACAAUUUUUUUCGAUCAUUAUUUUAUGUAAAUCAGUUAGUUUUAAAGUUUUCAAUUAUGAGUGCUUUGAGUACACAUUUCAUAAGCAGUAUAAUUAUCAAUAAUAAAGCAAGGUGUACCUGGUCGCGGCCCAGAUAG